AUGUGUUCGAGAACAGACGUGUGCUCCGACAAUGCAGGCACGACAGGAGCGCCUCAUUCAUCAGUACCUUGUUGCACGUCUCCAUCAGCAGGCGCUGCAGUGAAGCUGGGCUGGACAGGGCUUGAAGCCCCACAGGAUCCUCGCCUCCCAAGAGCGAGGCUGCUAUCUGUGGUAGCUUUCCGGCCAAACAAUUCGAGGAGUGACGCCUCCGUCCCUGAGGUGCCUGGUGCCUCGCAAAGGAGACGGCCACGUGAACCGAACUUGUCUCAUGCUGGCUCCAAUUUUCCCAUCACUUCCUCUUUCUGCGACUCGCAGGAGCUCACGUCUCUCUUCAUCCACCGGAAGAAUCGCGAAUCCGACUUCGAAAAUACUUUCGCUUCUCGGCAAGGAGCAAGCGCUGCAGCCAGACCCACUUACCUCCGCUAUAACCGCUCGUACGACAGACAUGUUGUAACACUUCAUAAAGGCCUUGAGAUCCUGUUCAAGGACCUCUCCAGCCGCCUUGCAUGGGGCACCUGUGGAGGCUUUGUGGACAUACAGUAUCACUCGUCGUCUGAAACCCUUUCCGACAGGUGUUACUCGGCUAUCAGAUGUAUAGUAGUACGACAUCUGCUCCACCAUCGGUAUGCACUGACAAGCGCUUGCAAACAUUGCAGUAUACCCUCGAACAUGCACAGAAGUCGCUGGACAACAUUUCAAGUCACAAUGAUCAGAAAGCACAAGGGUUUCCUCAGAUUCCUAGCCUCGCGCCACCCAAUGGAUAACAUUCGAAGUCGCAACGAUCAGAAAGCACACGAUCCUAUCUCAGAACGCGAAACCUCUCGCUGCAGAUCAAACAUUCCCAACAUGAAGACCUCUAGUGGCUACUUCACGUCAGAAUCGCAGUGCCCCCAUACACGCUUCGAAAGGAAGGCAGACUUCCAACCCGAUGAAAUGACUUCAGCAGGUCAUUGGAAUGUCAUCUGGAUGGGAAGAUCGGAAACACCACGAGGUGAUUAG